AUGAACACGCGUGAUGACCAGAACAAUUUCCCUUCCCCGAUUCCAGUUUCCUUGCAGGAUGGAACUGCAAAUCCAGCUGAAUUGUCAAGAGAAAUCAAUGACGUUGCAGAAAACCUUCCUGAUGAGACUCUUCGACAAGUAGUUCAUGUUUUGCCGAAUGGGGCAUAUUCUGUUGUUGUGUCUGACAGUGGUCGAUAUAGAAUCUGCCUUUCUGUCCCACGGGGAUGGAAUUUCCUUCCAGCCAACGGCUAUGAAAUCGACUUGAAUGGUGGUAUUCAGAAUGAGCAAAUGAAUUAUGUUUUCGAUCUUACUGGUUUUGAUGUCAGCGGACAGGUUGUCACAGCUGGCAUGACCACUGGACCUCCGGACCUUAUCGUUUCGGUCAUCUCUAACGGUGCUAUUUUUUCUCAAGCCAAAACGACCGCUAAUGGUAGUUUUACUCUAUCUUCGGUCCCCCCGGGGAAGUACAUCGUCACUGUGGGUGAUCCCGCCUCAGAUAGUGAAACAAACGAUGUUCGUGCUAGUUUGAGCAUUACCGUUUCCACCAGCAGUCUUAAAUUGGCGGAUCCUCUUGUUCUACAGGGUCAUUCUUUACGUUCGGUAGUAACCUUUAAUGAUCAAGGUGUCGCAAAUAUUCCCAUCCUCCUUUUCAUCCCUAAAUCAAGCAAAUUGACGGAAACCGAUUUUAAAAAAUUUGGAUGCUUUAAACCCUCAAAGCCCCACGCAAACUUCAUUCCAGUAGAUUUGAAGGACAUAAUAAACCCUGAUCUUGCUUGCCAGGUCUUUGUUAACGGGGAUUUUGUCACCAGGACAAAUUCAGAAGGGAACUUCGAGUUAGACCUUGCCGCUCCGAGUGAGUAUUUACUUCAAGUAGGUUUUAUUUCUUCAAAUUUUGGACUUUCACAGGUAAAAGCACCCAGGCUUGAAUUCGAAAAGGUCAGACUAAAAUUGACUCCUACUAUGAAAACCUUGCCAACUUUUGUUCCUAAUGCAGUCGAGUUUUGUGGACGGUUCUUGAUGACCAGCAGCUUAAAGCCAGGGACUCGCAUACCGCGUGUGGAAAUUGUUUCGGGACCUUCGAUUGAAGCUACUGUCUCAGAAGAUGCCAAAUCGGCUAAAUUUUGUCUCUAUCUUAGCCCAGGGAAACACACUCUUCGUUUGGUCGAAUCGCACAAUUCCAUUCGAUUUGCUCCAGCCUCCAUAAAUGUGUGCAGUCGUUUUCUCAAAUACCUAUUUGCUUCCUUUGCUAGAUUAAUUUUUUGGGGCUUUUUUAUUCAGAUUGAUAUCUUAUCAGGACCGGUAGAGGAUGCUAUCUUCACUCAAUUUCAAGCGGUUUUGACUGGUGAGGUGCUCUGUACUGAGAAGUGCCCAGACUCUCAACUAGCUGUGCGUCUAUCCUCUAAAGAACAAUUCGAUACUCUGCCGGUCGUCGUCAACAUCAAAGUUGAUCAAAUCUGUCUCUCUGGUGGUUCCUCUUUCACUUUCGAAGCAUCUGCUCCGUGUUUGCACCUUGAAACGCCCUUUCCCAGUAUAAUUCGAUCAGCUGCCACGGCUAUUCCACCUUCUGCUCCUUCAAAAACUGUUAGGAUCUCGGUGCGAGAAAUCCCUGUUAGUGCUGUCGUGACGGCUCUGCCUGGAGUUGCGGGUUUUUCAGUUGAAAAAGACCUUCCAGAACUCACCAUCCAGGCUCAUGUGGCCGAUUCGGUUAAAAAGGUGUCCACCAUUUGGAGAAAGGAAGGUGACUUCUAUACGUCCCGAAUGAGUCUCUGGGCUGCACCGGAUAAAGAGAUAGUCUUCUCCGUUUCUCUUUCUAAAUCCCCCUCUGAUCAAGUUACUGUUCAUCCUCUCAUUUUUCCCGCCUUCCAAACUCUCCGCAUACCUCCUAUUGUCCACCAUCUAAGCCAAUCGAAUUGUGACCACCUUGAACUUAAAGCCACUCCUGUACCUCUCUCGGAAGUCAAUGAAACAGACUGUGAUGCUAUUCUUGCAGCCACUUUCGGUGGUACGGAGAGUCUCACUGCUACCUUUUUCAUGAAACUGGGCUUCUUCUUUACCGGUGAAGUUCAACCCCCUGUUGAUAAGGUCCUAGUGACAGUUUACGCUGACACCUCUGUUGUCUCCUCUCCACCGCUCGAGUUAACUAUCGAUAUGUCCACCUUCUCAGAGCAACAGUUAAACGCACCUUCACCCAAACCUGGUCUUACUUUAAUCAUGCGUGCUCUCACCAACUCUCAGGGCUUUUUCCGCAUCGGACCCUUCUAUUUUGACUCGAAAUCCGUCCAUGCCGCUCAGCCUAGUUCUUUUCUCACUCUUCAACUACACAAACCUGGCUUCGACUUUGCUCUAAAAUCCUCGGCUGAUUGGCUGACCUUCUCCUCACAGAAGCUGGCUCUUGUUGAAGUCCGUGUGGUGUCUGAAGGUAAAAUGAAGCCAGUUCCUGGUGAGUUUGUAGAUUUUUUUGUAAAAAACCUUUCCCCUGUUACCAUCUUGUCAGUCACAUCUUACUUUCAGACACCCUUGUUUCAAUCGUCAGCAACGUAUUUCGAGACAGCAAAACGACGGACUCAAGUGGUAUUGUUCGGUAUAUUGGUCUACCUCCUGUGCGGGUAUAAAACAAAACGUUGUGAUCUAGGUGAAUACUACAUCCAACCAAUUCUGAAGGAAUAUGAGUUUUUUAUCCACAAUGGAAUUAAAGGCCAACUGGAAGCCCUAACGGAACAUGCACUGGGAAUUGUUGGCGAUGAAUCACUGAUUGUGAAUCUUAUUGGCCCAUGCUAUAAAUCCAUACAAUGUCUUGCUAGCUCUAAUUCUUACGACGUAUUUUUAUUUUUUAUGUCCAUUCAUCGUAGAGCCAAACAAAAUUACCGACCUCGGUGUUUGUUGCUUCUUGUAGAUAUCCGUUUAUGA